AUGUUUACGGAUUUGCACUACACCUACAAAGUUGGAAUUUCAACAGCAAAAAACAUAGUUGAAGAAGUAUGUACUGCCAUUCUGUCUGAAAUGCGGGAGGAGUGUAUACCGACACCAACUUGUGAUAUGUGGCAGUCAAUUGCUUCCAACUUUGAAAGUAUCGCAAACUUCCCUCACUGCGUUGGAGCUGUGGACGGCAAGCAUAUAAGACUGACUUGUCCGUUUGACUCAGAAUCAAUGUAUUUUAAUUACAAAGAUUACUUCUCUAUUGUCCUUAUGGCUGUAGCAGACACAAAGUACAGACUUGUUUACGUUGAUGUAGGGAGCUAUGGUAAAGAGUGUGACUCUUCAAUAUUUAAGAGGUCCAAAUUGUGGAAAUCAAUAGACAGUGGUUCUUCACCAUUACCUGAGGACAAAACUUCUUCCAGGAACGAGAGUCCUAAAAUACCAUACUUCUUUGUUGGAGACGAAGCAUUUGGCUUACACAGAUAUCUACUGAGACCCUUUGGAGGGAAAUGCUUACCAGUUGAAAAAAGGGUCUUUAAUUAUAGAUUGUGCAGAGCACGAAGAUAUGUGGAAUGUGCGUUUGGCAUCCUGAGCCAUAAAUGGCGUAUAUUUCCUCGCCCUAUCAACGUUCAGCUACAUUUCGCAGUGCUCAUCGUCAAUGCGUGCAUCGUAUUGCACAAUUAUAUACGUGACAGAGACGGAUAUCUUGUUGAGGACACAACGACGAUCACAGGCCUGGAUGAUGUAUCAGGGGAAAGCACUACACGAGGAGGCUUGGAAGCAAACAAUAUCAGAAGUGUGCUUACCUCAUAUUUUUUGACAGAAGUCGGAAGUGUAUCCUGGCAAAUGUCUAAAGUAUAA